AUGGAUGUUUCUCUAGACACCAAUAUUCUCGAACAGCUCAACACCAGAAAUCUUUGCACAAGGUUUGCAACUGAGCUCAUUUUCAGGCGAGCUAACGAGACUCGCAUUGAUGUGAGCGUCAGAUUUGAAGACAGAUCCAAGCCCGCAAAGAGAUUCCAGAGGGCUGGAUUUCGUGAGGAUGACUUGGGCGACAUCAUCACGGAAGCCAAGGAGUGCAUGGGCUUUGGCAAGGCCGGGAUGGAGUUCUCCAAGGACGUGCUCCGUCUAGAAAUCGAAGGGCCAAAGAUGUACCCAUUAAGUCUCGUUGACCUUCCAGGAUUCUUCCAGGUUGCUACCGAAAACCAGUCAAUCAGUGGUAAAGAAACGGUCGACCAACUUGUUGAGAGCUACAUGCGACAGAAGAACAGCAUCAUCCUGGUAGUUAUCACUGCGAAUAACAACCUUGCUAAUCACUUAGCGCUCCAGAAAGCUAAGAACAUCGAUCCGGAACGUCGGCGAACCAUUGGUGUCAUAACAAAGCCUGAUUUGACUCGCCCUGGCUACGAUGCUGAGAAGGAAUACAUCAAGUUGGCUAAGAAUCAGGAAGCCGCGCAUAAGUUGCAGCUCGGGUGGCAUGUCCUGCGCAACAGGGCCGAAGAUGAGAGCAGCUUGGAAGGCCGAGACCAGGUCGAAGACGCGUUCUUCCAGAAGGGCGCUUGGGCGACUAUUCCCUCCGAGAAUCGUGGAAUUGUGAGUUUACGAAAGAAGCUCAGCCAUGUGCUCUACAGUCACAUUCGUAACAGUCUGCCUGGAGUCAUUACAGACAUCGAAACGACGCUGAGAGAGAGGCAAGAGGAACUUGAUCGUCUAGGGAAAUCUAGAUCCACUCAAGAGGACCUCAGGGAUGGCAUAUACGGCCGAUACAAUGACGAAUUCUUCGGCGGCUUGCAGGACGAUGACCGAAAGUUGCGAGCACAGCUGCGGAACUUCAGUCGAGCUUUUGAUCAUAUCCUUCAGACUAAGGGUUCGACUCAUGUCACCGUCUCAGAUGAUGAUAGUGAUUCCGAUGAUGGCGAAAUUCCCGUGUACCUCGAAGAGUUUCUGGAACGUUACCCCUACAACCCUCCACAGCCACAGAAGAUCACGAGAAGCGAGCUCGCUGAGCAACUUGAGAAACAAGCCGCUGCGAACCAAGGGUUGGAGUUUCCAGGAACCCCUCACAAGGAUCUUGCCAUGCAGCUCUUCAAACAACAAGCCGCACCGUGGAGAGGUAUCGCCGAGUCACAUGUCAAGUUGGUAACGACAGUUGCAAAGGCUUUUGUUGAUCAAGUCUUUGAGUAUGUUGUUGGAUCCCCACGGACAAAUCGAACUACGGAGGCAAUCCUGUCGACCUGCGUCGACCCAUUCUUUGAUGAAAAGGAAAAAGAGCUUCAGAAGAAGAUCGACGAGCUACUAAGGCCCUAUGUCCAAGGUUACGCACUUCCUCUUGACUUGUUAUUCUAUGACAUGAUGUCAAAAACCUCAGAUGAAAAGCUGGAGAGACGUAUCUCUGCUGUUCUGCAAGACAAGUAUCCUCACUUGCUUGAGGGUAACACAUCAAAGACAGGAGAUGGGAGUAAGAAGUUUGACUCUAAAGCGAUUGCUCAAGACAUCAUUGAGGAAGACGAGCUUGAAGAUAGUGAGUUUGGAAUCAACAAAGUCAUAGACACGAUGUUGACAUACUAUACUAUGUCUCUGCGCACCUUCACCGACAACGUCAUCAACCUGGCAGUUGAAAGUUGCCUUGUGUAUGAUAUACCAGAUAUCCUCACACCCACAAAGGUAGAUCGAAUGAGUAAGGAAAGACUUGAGGAGUUGGCUGGUGAAUCGGACGAUACAUCGUCUCGAAGAAAGAGCCUGCAAGAGGAGGUGGAGAUCCUCAGACAGGGUUUGGCCCAAUGCCGGCGAUACAAGCCAAGAGCAGUAACUCUCAGUGCCACGACGACAUCUAAAGUGGCUCCUACGGAGAAUGACAAGAAGACGAGCCCACCCAGUGUUAUCAACCCUUCUAAAGCUCAAUUUAAUGGCUGGACGACAAUCCCUAACUUGCCCAAGGCUGUGAGUCCCUUCAAGGCUGAUAAUCCCUUCAACUUCUCGAAUGCUCCAGUGAAACCAUCAAGCCCAGUGCCAUCAGCGACAAAGACUGCCGUAACCUUCGGAAGCGGCUCUGGGCUCUUUGAAUCUGGGCCCGCGCUUUCAUACCAGCCGUCCUCUUUCCAGUGGAACGGUUCCGCCGACACCAAGAAGUAG